AUGGACGAUGCAGAUGUUCCAUCCCUAACGCUGGAGACCAAGAUUCUGCUUCAGAAAUUGAAAAUAUGGGACAAGAUUGCUGCAGGAAAUUUACACAGCAUCACCCUUACAGACGUGCAGGCCGUGUUCGACAUUUUGGAUCCUGGUGAGAAGGGCUAUAUAACUCGGAGCGAAUGCUUCGCUCUAACACAAGUGCAAAACGUGAAGGUGUCGCAGCAGUACUUGCAAGAUCUAUGCGAGGACGCAGACAAGGACAACAGCGGCACAGUGUCUGCCGACGAGUUCUUAAAAGCGCUCACUACAGGUCAAGUGGCAUUCAACUUCCUGAAAGAGUCCUUGGGCAAGGGACCCAAAGAAAUGAAGCAAAAUGAAUGUGAUCGAUCGGACCUCUUGGCUUGGUUGAAGGAGGAGUAUGAGACAAUGAGCGCGUUGUACUCGAUGCCAACAGUCUUUUUCCUGCUCUUCUCGUACAUCUAUUUCAUCACCACGCACGUUGACACAACCAGUGCCUGGAGGACUGGUAAUACACUCUAUAACAACCUAGACACGCUGUGGAAAAUCACCAAAGUCGCCAACACAGCCGGCGCCAAAACUCACAUGGAAUGGACCUCCACUCAUUGGCUGCCAAAGUACUUUCGGCAAGAUCUUGUUUCGGAUCCUUUCCCAGGUAGGGUUGCGGUUUACAAUCAAAUCAUCGGCGGCCCAAGGCUCCACAAGGAGUUCUUGCAGGAAGGCCCGUGUCUUGCCAGCGAGCAGAACGCCUUUCUCUACAACUCCCUAACUGGAACUUGCGAUCGGCAUGGCGUCAAAACAGACGAAGACAUUGUGCUGCCAUAUCACUUGGCCAUUGGACUUCAUCAAAACACCAUCCGGAAUCUUACGGAGACUUUCUGGUUUGACUACAAGACGGAGCUCUUGGAAUAUCAAACUCUUUUCUACAAUGCCCACCAAAACUUGGUCACCUUUGAGCGACUCCAGUGGAAUGCGCAGACCGACGGAUACAUUCAGCUGUAUUUUCGUUUCGAGUCGUGGCUUGCCGAGCCUUACAAGGAUCCAUGGGCUGCGAUUCCCGAUGUUCUCUUCGUCGUGCUUCUGCUUCGGAUUGCUCAUGUCGAGGCCAAAGAGCUGCUCCCUGCAAUCGCAGGAGGCAUUGAUGGGAUUCGCGACUACCUCGGGUUCUGGAACGUGGUGGACUGGAUGGCGAUCUUGCUAGGCCUCUUCAAUGUCGGCAUGUGGUUCUAUGUCCUGGUUCAGAUGUCUGUGAGACUGCCAGCGGCCAUUGCCCGAAUUCCGCAAGACGCUCUAGAUGAGAGAGUGUUGCGAAACACCACCUAUCUCGGAAUAGAAGAGCUUUCAGAGGUUGUUGAUCCUUCCGAUCUCAACCUCAACAUCAACCAAAUGUUCGUCAUUGCCAGAGAGGUGUAUGACUGGCACUUGCUGUUGAGAGCAUGCUUGUUCGGGUACUUCUUUAUUCUGAUUUUGAAGGUCUUCAAGUCCUUCCAAGCGAAUCCUCGGUUGGAUGUUGUCGUGCAAACUAUUGUGCACUGCUCUGUGAAUGUAGCGCACUUUGCGAUCGUCUUCUUUGCAAUCUUCUGCAGCUAUGCCUUUGCAGGACAUUUUCUCUUGGGACACAAGAUCCGUGGAUGGAGCACGAUGCUGGGUUCGCUUUUCAAUUGCUGGAGUUCCAGCCUAAACGCCGACAUGGUGCAGGAUUUCUCCAUUCCAGUUCAGGUCGUGUGCUUUGUGUGGACGCUUACCUACCAGGUCCUGGUGCAGCAGGUCAUGCUAAAUAUGCUGUACUGCAUUGUUUUCGAUUCUUACUACUCCAUCAAGGGUGCUGCAGGAAAGCCACUGACCUUGUACCAGCAAAUACAGGGUGCGAUUGCCACUGCACGUGAAACCCGCGGAUUUGUUGAGAUGUGGAUCUUGAUUGUGCAAAUGGAAGAUGACGACUUUCCAGCACAUCCAGCAGAAGUUGUCACUGUCAGAUCAUUGAAGCGUGCUUUCGAAAGAUACGGCAUGUCGCGUGUCAAUGCCGAGUAUUUGGUGAAGCAGGCCGCUGAGUACGUGAAGGAGCAGACGAAGCAAGUGGACAUCACUUUGUCAGAUGCCAUCAGAGUGACGGGACACAUCCAGAACACGAUGCUCAAGAACUUGGACUUGGCGGAGGAUUCUUUGGAAAUGAUCAAAACGGAAGCACGCAACAAGGAGGCGGCCGAGAAGCAAAAGCAGCGAUCUGCUUUCGUAUCUAACAACAUGAGUGAGAUGCCAGGUGUUGAUGUAAAGCAAGGCGUGGCCAUGUCGGAGAGCCAGUGGAGGGUGUCAGACGAAGUCUGUGACUCCGUCGAAGUUACUCUUCAAAACAUCUCCAGCAUGCUUGAUGCAAGUCGCCAGGACCAGACGGAUCUAGCUGGAGAUGUGAACACUGGUUUGCAGCAGAUUUGGCGAGAAGAGGACAAGAGAUACAAGGACUUAGAUAUCUUGUUGCACGACCUGGAGAAUGGCCUUCAAGCAGUCGAGCGGAGCAUCGGAACCAUGGGCGUAUCCUUCAGUGGAACCAACUUUCAGCAGCUCGCUUCGGUGCCAGAACGACUGGAUGAUCCAGAGCUAAUGCAACUGUUGUGCUCAGGAGAGGAGAAGGGGGGUGCUUGUGUGGCACGCUUGGACAGGAAGCUGAGCGAUCUGAAGCAGCAGAUGCAUGAUCUAAGCGGCAAGGCCAGCGACACGGCUGAGCUGCAACAACUUUUCUGGAAACUAGAGGUCCAGCUGCGCAAGCUGAAUGAUGGCAAGGGUGUAAUCCCCAUGGAGUGCUUCAUCCGGGAGCAGCCGAAGAAUGAGGGUCGUCGCAAUAACAAUACCCGGCCUGAUUCCAGAGAAGAGGAGGAUUGA